CAUGUUCGUGUCAUUCCCUGUCUGGGAUUCAGCUCCUCUUCUCGAGUCCCCAUCCCACCCCCCUCGUUUCCGCCCUCACCCUUGAGCUGAGCGGCUGGUGGGAACUUGAAGGGAGUGGAAAAGACGCAAGAAAGCAAGAAAGCCGGAGGAAGAGGUGUGGUGAAAGUGAAAACAGGCUGCCAAACCAGGGGACUCUCUCCAAUUUAAGAAGGAAGUCAGCUGACGUUAGUUAAAUUUAACAUCCCUCUUAUGUGUAACGUUUGACUUCGGAAACAAAAAAAUGAACUUUGCAGAGGAAGAGGGCUCUAAGAGAUACUGCAUUCAAACCAAACAUGUGGCUAUUAUCUGUGCGGUGGUGGUGGGUGUGGGGUUAAUAGUAGGACUUUCCGUGGGCUUGACCCGAUCGUGUGACUCCACCGACGGCACAGCUCCGGCGCCAUCCCACCUUCCUCCCGGGACUAGCCCUUCAGCCCUUCCUCCCACGGCCAGACCUUCAGACGUCCCUCCCCAGGACCCCAGAGCCUGUCCUGCCAGUGAAGAUGACAGUGGAGAUUGGAAACAUUUCAGACUGCCGGACACCGUCAACCCCGUACACUACGACCUGGAGGUGAAGCCCAUGAUGGAGCAGGACAUGUACACCGGCAGAGUGACCAUCUCCAUCAACGUGAGCGCACCCACGCAUUACCUGUGGCUGCACCUGCGGGACACCUGGAUCACCCGGCUCCCCGAGCUCAAGAAGCCCUCGGGGGAGCAGGUGAAGCUCAGGAGGUGCUUCGAGUAUAAAAAGCAAGAGUAUGUGGUGGUGGAGGCCGAAGAAGAGCUGGCCCCCGUCGGUGACAAAGGUCCCUACCUCCUGACCAUGGAGUUCGCUGGCUGGCUGAACGGCUCCCUGGUGGGGUUUUACAGAACCACCUACGUGGAGAACGGGCAAGUCAAGAGCAUAGCGGCCACUGACCAUGAACCAACAGAUGCCAGGAAAUCCUUCCCAUGUUUUGAUGAGCCCAACAAAAAGGCGACUUACACCAUAUCCAUCAUCCACCCCAAAGACUAUCAGGCACUUUCAAAUAUGCCCAUGGAGAUAACAGAGUCAGUGGAUGACCAAUGGAUGCGAACAACUUUUCAGAAGUCUGUUCCCAUGAGCACUUACCUGGUGUGCUUUGCUGUACAUCAAUUUGCCUCCAUAACAAAAAUGUCAGAAAGUGGAAAACCUCUCACUAUUUAUGUCCAGCCAGAGCAAAAGCACACAGCUGAGUAUGCUGCAAACAUAACUAAAAUUAUAUUUGAUUAUUUUGAAGACUACUUUGCUAUCAAUUAUUCUCUUCCUAAAUUAGAUAAAAUCGCUAUUCCAGACUUCGGCACUGGUGCCAUGGAGAACUGGGGACUUGUCACUUACAGAGAAACAAACCUGCUUUAUGAUCCUCAGGAAUCAGCCUCAUCCAACCAACAGAGGGUGGCCACUGUGAUUUCCCACGAACUUGUGCAUCAGUGGUUUGGAAAUAUUGUAACCAUGGACUGGUGGGAAGACUUGUGGCUGAAUGAAGGAUUUGCUUCUUUCUUUGAAUUCCUGGGAGUAGACCAUGCAGAAAAAGAGUGGCAAAUGCGUGACCAGAUAUUACUUGAAGAUGUAUUACCUGUACAAGAGGAAGAUUCUUUAAUGUCUUCACACCCAAUAGUCGUCACCGUGACAACCCCUGAUGAAAUAACAUCUGUUUUUGAUGGAAUAUCCUAUAGCAAGGGAGCUUCUAUUCUUAGAAUGCUUGAAGACUGGAUAACACCAGAUAAAUUUCAAAGAGGAUGUCAGAUUUACUUGGAAAGAUUCCAAUUCAGGAAUGCAAAGACUUCAGAUUUUUGGGAAGCACUGGAAGAGGCAAGUGAGAAGCCGGUGAGAGAGGUAAUGGACACCUGGACUAGACAGAUGGGUUAUCCUGUGCUAAAUGUGAAUAAAACAAGCGUCACACAGAAGCGUUUUCUGUUGGACUCAAGAGCUGAUCCUUCCCAGCCACCUUCAGAUUUUGGUUACACAUGGAAUAUUCCAAUUAAAUUGACUGAAAAUGAUGUACCACUCAGUGCCUUCUACAAUAGGUCAGAAAAAGAAGGAAUCAGUUUGAACCCUUAUGAUCCUAGUGGAAAUACUUUUCUCAAAAUAAAUCCAGAUCAUAUUGGGUUUUAUCGUGUAAAUUAUGAAAAACUAACUUGGGACCGGAUCACUGAGGAGCUUCUCUUAAACCACUCGCAAUUUUCUUCGGCUGACCGUGCAAGUUUUAUUGAUGAUGCUUUUGCCUUGGCAAGAGCUCAACUGCUGGGUUAUGAUGUGGCUCUGAACUUGACCCGGUAUCUCAAAAUGGAAGAGAACUUUUUACCAUGGCAGAGAGCCAUUUCAGCUGUAACUUACAUCAUUAGCAUGUUUGAAGAUGAUAAAGAGCUAUACCCCAUGAUUGAGAAAUACUUCCAAGAUCAAGUGAAGCCCAUUGCAGAUUCUCUGGGAUGGGAUGAUACUGGCGACCACCUCACAAAGUUACUCCGUGCCUCUGUGUUAGGGUUUGCCUGCAAGAUGGGAGAACCAGAAGCCUUGAAGAAUGCUUCCCAGUUAUUUGAGGACUGGAUAAGGACAGGCAAGAGCAUUCCUGUAAAUCUCCGGCUUUUGGGUUAUCGGUAUGGAAUGCAGAACUCUGGAAAUGAAGCUUCAUGGAACUAUACUCUAGAGCAAUACCAGAAAACUUCAUUAGCUCAAGAAAAAGAAAAACUGCUCUAUGGAUUAGCAUCAGUGAAAAAUGUUACUCUUUUGGCAAGGUAUUUGGAUUUGCUCAAGGACCCAAACCUUAUUAAAACUCAGGAUGUGUUUACAGUCAUUCAAUAUAUCUCCUAUAAUAGCUAUGGGAAGAGCAUGGCAUGGAAUUGGAUACAGCUCAACUGGGAGUACCUAGUCAACAGAUUUACACUCAAUAACAGAAACCUUGGCCGGAUUGUCACUAUAGCAGAGCCAUUCAACACUGAAGUACAACUCUGGCAGAUGCAGAGCUUUUUUGAAAAAUAUCCAGAAGCUGGAGCAGGAGAAAAACCUAGGGAACAAGUGGUGGAAACAGUGAAAAACAAUAUUGAGUGGCUAAAACAGAAUAGAGAGACCAUAAAAGAAUGGUUUUUUAACUUAUCAAAUAACAGUUAAUAUGUUCAAAUGUCAUAUUUUUUUAAUUUGUGAAGUUGUUGUUUUUUCUAUUAAGCAUUUGAUGGUCUAAAUUUAGAAGCACUAAGGAGAGAGCCUUAUGAAUGGAUACUGCUUUUGCUAAGUACUGUGUUGAUGUCUUGCAAAGCUUUUAAAUUGUUCCUCUUUGUUUAUGAAGGAAGAUACUAAUAGAGUAUUUAAUAUACUCAGGGAUUUCUUCUAAGUGUACUUCAUAGGAGAUUCUUUACAAACUGAAGAGAAUUUAAUAGUCAUUUUAAUGUCUUUAAAUAUCAUUCUUUGUAUCUUAAAUCUGUGAAAAUAGAACAAUUUGGUCUUAGCUUUACAUUUUUAGUACCAAAGAAACACCACUUAAUCUUCUCUCUUGAUUGAUUUUUAAAGUUUAAAUACCAGUACUUGAGGGACAUAUUACCAUCUUAAUCUUUAUUUUAUUAUUCAGAGUUACACAGACCUAAUAUCAUUUUAUUCACAUAUGUCUUACUACUUUAAAUCCUACCAAAGUAACCUGGGCUUAAGUUUUGCUCGAGGAUUGCAUGAAUUAGCCAAAGAAAUGGCUGAAUGUUGCCAUUGCUCUUAUAAAAUCAACAAGAGAACUCUUCUUUCUUUUUUAGAAAUAAAUCUAAAUUAUUACCUUGAAGAGAAUAUUGUUUUUUGAUGUCAUUUUACUCUUGAGUAAACAUGUCAGCAUCAUUACCCAAAUAAUUUUUCAAGUUGCAAAUAUGAUUCAGGAACCUGCCUUUUUUCAUGCUUGGUACUCUCUCUUCUUUCUCCAUUCUUUACAGAGCUCCUUCAAAUAUGCUAUGAAAUUAGAGGGAACAUAGUGCUUAACUGUGCUCCAUGGAUUUUAGAGCAAAAAAGCUAAAUAAUUGGAAACUGUUCAGGAAAGAGAAAAGGUGGAUUAUUCCAUAAAACUAAAUGGAAUUAGAAUUUAGCUUUGACCUCACCUAGCAAUCUAAGUGUGAAAAUGGGGAAACUCAUGGACACCUCCAACAUGACUCUGCAUAUCUGAGGAUAUAUCUUCUUAUAGUUAAGUUUUAUAUAUAAAUCCUUAGAUCGUAAUCCAUACAGAAUAGCACUGAUCAAAUUUAUAUGCAUGACUUGAUUAAAGACAUCAAUUUCAUAGAAGCUGGUGGCCAGAAUAUGUUUAAUGUGGCACUCGAUGCCUAGUAGAUCCACAAUGUAAGUCCAACAGGCAUUUAUCUUUUGAUAAAUGUCUGUGUCCCAAAGUGCUAUAUCUAGCAAAUCUAAAUUUAUUUGUAACCUUUGGAAGUAUAGGGCAAUUCAGGAAUGGCUUGAUAAAAAUUGAAGCACAGGGAUACAGUCAAAAUCUUAGUAAUUACUUUAUUUACACAACAAUAUGCACUAAUCAUGUACUCCAAACUGUGAAUUUUGCUACCACUGUUUCUUAUCACUUCUCAAUUCACACAGCUCAACUAGCAAAUUCAAAUGCAGACUGAAGACAAAAAUGAUACAAAAUAAAACACUUCCAGACAAAUUUUUUAUAAAUAUUAUUGUAAAUUAGUUCAGAAUGAAAAACACCUUAACCUUAUAAAUCAUCAAGAAAACCCCAAUAAACUCAUGGGGAUUAACAUCCUAACUUCAAAUUCUGGCACCAAUCAGAACCAGCACUUAAAGUCCAUGUAUUGUUUUAAGGGACAAAUAAAGAUGUAAGAUGGUUUAUCCUUCUGCUUUGUGAAAUAAAUAAAAAUUUUAAAUGAAAAUAUAAGUUUGAAGAAGAUGGUAAAUAAAACAGAUUCCAACUUAUCAAAUAAAUACAUAUACAUAUGUAAAUGGAAAUUCAUUUAGUAUACACACACACACACACACACAGGAUAUUUAUUGUGAGGAAUUGGCUCAUGUGAUCAUGGAGACAGACCAGUUACCAUCAGCCAUCUGCAAGGACAUCUGGGAAAGUCAGUGGUAUAAUUCAGCUUGACUCUGAAGGUCUGAGAACCAGAAGAGCUAAUCCAAGUUCAAAGACAGGAAAUGAUGAGAUGAGAUGUCUCAGGUCAAGCAGUCAGGUAGAAAAGGGGAAGUAGAAUAUUUCUUUUCUUCCAUCUUUUGUUCUAUUCAGGAUCCCAAGGCAUUAGAUAGAGCCACCACUUUGGAGAGGGCAAUCUACUCUACCAAGGAAGUGAUUCAAAGGCCAACUUCUUCUAAAAACUCCCUCACAGACAAACCAGAAAUGAUACUUAAUCUGAACACCCUGAAGUCCAGUCAAAUUGUCACAUAAAAUUAACAAUCACAGUUGACCUUAUGGUCUUCAUUCAUUCAUUCAUUCAUUUAAUCAUUCAUUCACAUAACUAAUAUUUAUAAAGUUUCAGUCAUAUAAGAAAUCCCAUUUUAUGUUCUGGUCAUCUUAAAUUAGAAAUGGAUUUAAAAGACAAGUGGGAAGAAAAUGAGUUGAGAGGAUAAUGGAGGAGGAUGGGAGAAAUAGGGCAGAGAAUGUCAACUAACCAGCAAUUUGUGUUUUGUCCUGAUAUUCCUCCUGGAGAACCUUUAAACGUUAACAUGGCUACAUAUAUAGGCCAAAUGUUGUGAACUAACAGCAAUUUAGAUUAUGUGAUUUAAAGGUGUGCUAGAUAUUGCCCGCUGGCAGGGGACAACAUUUCUACAUUCUUUAUGUCCCAUCCUUCUGUAUUGCACGGCUGAAAUGCCAAACACAGCACUUCCCACACUUCACAUGUUUGAGGUCCCACCAAUGAUGUGAACUUUCGUGAGAUUUGGAAGGAAAUGAGAGAAGAGGCAGAACCCACCUUCUUUCCAUGACAGUGCAGGGAAAGACAGUUGUGUGGGAAGGCAUGAGUUGGCAGCCUUUGCACUCCAUGUCCCUAUGUACCAUCUCUGUGUAGCACAGAAGUUCUAAUAUGACUCUCAUAGCUUUCUCAUUUCUGGGUGACAUUAGUAAGUUUUCAGUUUCUGGAUCAGAAAGACAAGGAUAUGUCACCUUGGAACCAGCAGCUUGGCACUGACUCAUUUCUAUUUCUCUAGUCCUUUUGUAAAAAAUAUAUAUUUAUUUUUUUAGUUAUAAGUGUACACAAUACUUUCAUUUUAUUUUUAUGUGGUGCUGAGGGUCUAACCUAAUGCCCCAUGCAUGCUUGGCAAGCACUCUACCUUUGAGCCACAGCCCCAGACCCCCUUAAGCCCUUUUAAUAGCAUAUAAGUUUCUCUCUCAAGAAAAUCCUUCUAUAUUUGGAGAAUAUACUUAGAAUAUUUCUUGAACUGACCUCUGAAUGAUAUAGAAUGAAAAUGCAGAUUUUAUUUUUUUUAUAUUUUAUUUAUUUAUUUUAGUUGUUGAUUGACCUUUAUUUAUUUACUUAUAUGUGGUGCUGGGAAUCGAACCCAGUGCCUCACACAUGCUAAGCAAGCACUCUACCAACUGAGCCACACCCCCAGCCCAGUUUGUUUUGUAUUUUCAUUUAACUCAAUGCUCAAUGAUCCUUUCCUGCCUAUUGUCCCUUGUAUGUGUGUGUGUGUGUGUGUGUAUAUAUAUAUAUAUUUUUUUUUUUUUCAAAAGCUGGCCAUGGGGCUGGGGAUGUGGCUCAAGCAGUAGCGUGCUCGCCUGGCAUGCGUGUGGCCUGGGUUCGAUCCUUAGCACCACAUACAAACAAAGCUGUUGUGUCUGCCGAAAACUAAAAAAAAAUAAAUAUUAAAAAAUUCAAAAAAAAUAAAAAAUAAAAAAUAAAAGCUGGCCAGGCAUGGUGGUGCAUUGCUGUAAUCCCAGCAGCUCAAGAAACUGAUGCAGUAGGAUCAUGAGUUCAAAGGCAGACUCAGCAAUUCAGUGAGGCCCUAAGCAACUUAGUGAGACCCUGUCUCCAAAUAAAAUCUAGAAAAGGGCUGGUAAAGUGGCUUAGUGGUUAAGCUCCCCUGGCUUCAAUCCCCAGUACCUACCCCCCCCAAAAAAGCUUCAAUCUGGGUCCUUUGCUUGGUGUGAAUUAAUGAAAUGGACUGACUCAGAAAGUCCACUCUGGCUCUACUAAUUGCCAGAAUAUAGGAAAAAUUGUGAUGGCCAGCACUUCAAAUACGGGUUCCUCCCCAUGGUAAAGGAAGGUGUUUCACUUUUGUAUUAUGAUACAUACGCAUAUUAGAAGGCACGAUUGCAGCUCCACUCCUAAGACUAUACCCAAGGGAAGUGAAAAACGAUGACCACACAAGAACUUACACCUGAGUGUUCAUAGAGACAUUACUCAUAAGAGUCAAAAAGUAGAAAUAGCCCAAAUGUCCAUCAACUAUUAAACUUGAAAAUAAGCCAUAAAGCACAAUAUUAUUUGGCCCUAAAAAGGAAUGAUACAAUGACACAUUUUAAUAUGGAUGAGCCUUGACAGCAUUAUACUAAGUGAAAGAAACUAAUUACAAUGGGCCACAUUUCAUAUGAUUCUGUUUCUGUGAAACGUCCUGACUAGGCACAUCCACAGAGACAGAAAAGAGAUAGGCGUUUGAAGGUCUGGGAAGGGAAUAUGGUGAGUGACUGCUGAAGCUUUUUUUGUGAGGUGAUAAAAAUGUUCUAAAAUCAGACAAUGGUAAUGAACGUACAACUCUGAAUGUACCAAAAACACUUAAUUAUACACUUUAAAAGGGUGAAUUUUAUGGUAUAAGAAUUCUCUCUCAAUAAAGCUAUUAUUUUAAAAAUU